GAGCUAUAGUGCUAGUGCCAUUGGGAAGCCUCUGUCUCUUGACAAGGCUACGGAGCAGAGUACUCAUAUCAAUUAUGUUCAGGUCUGUGUUGAGGUUGAUAUUGAUAAAAACUCAUAUGCUCCCUGAAUCUACACCUGUUCUUGAUGAUCAAUCAGAAGUGUGUGUCUUGUUUGAGUACCCUUGGCUUCCUGUUAAGUGUGAAAUUUGCAAAAAGGAGCGGCAGACUAGUCAUGAUUGUCCUCAGCAUCCAACUAAACCUGCUCCUAAGCAGGAAUGGAUGGCAGUCUCCAAAGGCAAGAAAAUAGAGCAAUCUAAGAUGUUUGAAGCAACUGAAGCUCCAAUGAGUGGUGUUCUAAUGCUAGAAAUAACAGAUGUAUCUAAAAUACCAGUGGUUCAACCUGCUAAGGAUAUUCAAGUUGUUCAGCAUAAGCCUUCACCUAGCCUCUUGAUUGGCAAUUCCUUUGCUACAUUAGACAAUGCAGCUGAGACUGAUGCUGCUGCUAUUCCUAAGGUGAGGAAAACAAGGAUGGCCUCCAAAGGUGUUGCUAUAGCUACUAAUGCAUUAGUCCCUAGACAAAGACAGUCCAGGAAAAGUUCAAAUUCCUCUAGUGAGGCUAUUCAUUGUCAUGUCCUCAAGACAUCCAUCAAUCAGUACCAGUUUCUAAGUGUCAUCUAUGCUAAUCCCUACUCUGAUAGUUUGAGGCAAGAGAUGUGGAGAGAAUUGGUAGCUUUGAGCCAAGCAUUACCUGCAGUGCCUUGGCUGGUUGAAGGAGAGUUUAAUGAAAUUAAAUCUUUAUGCUCUUUCUUUACUUGGUCAAAUAAGAAAUGCAUAGGUCCCACUGGAAAGAAGCUUAAUAGAUUAUUGGUGAAUGAAUUCUGGUUGAAUGCUUUCCCAAACACUACAGCAGCUUUCUUUCGUCCCGGUUGCUCUGACCAUGAUAUCUGUGGAAAUUAACUUGCUUGAGGAAAAAGAGGGUAGGAAUUCAAUUUUUGGGCAAAGCAUGAACAUUUUCUUGCCAUGGUAAAAGAGUUCUGGAAGUCUACUCAGGUGCAUGGUUGUUAUAUGUUUCAGUUGUUAUAUUAAGAGUAUUAAGAGUGGACAAGUAGAAUACGGUGCAAGUAACAGGUUUAAAUUAAAUUCUACUUUUCUUA